GUGAGAAAGAGAGUGAGAGAUAGAGAUAGAUAGAUAGCAGGAGAAAUAAAGCAAAAGAAAGCGAGUUUGAGAGAGAUCACACCCUUUAUUCAGCCCUCAUUUCUCCUCCUCCUCCUCCUCUCUCUCUCUCUCUCUCUCUCUCUCUCUCUCUCUCUCUCUCUCUCUCUCUCAGUGUUUUUCUGGAGAGCGGAGCGUCCAGACUGAGUGACCGACGGACAGGUUCUGCUCUCCUACUGCACAGACUGACCACCAGAAUGGACCUUUAUUUCAGCUGGACGUUCUAAAUGUGUUCCUGUAUAAACAGAGGAGAUCACACAGAGUCCAGCAGGAAACCAAACACUCACGUGGACUCACCCGGACUGACCUGGCCAGUCCCCUGACUGGCAGAACUGGACCUGUUGGAUUGUGUUUAUGGGGAAAGCAGAGAGAACAAAAAGAACACACACACACUGUUAUUGUGUUAGAGUAGAGCUGCUGCGCGAGCUCUGAGGCUCCCCUUCCCUCCCCUGUUUCCUGGCCAUUAUGAUUCGGGCAGCAGUGAUUCAGUGGGCCUCUGUGCUGCUAGCCGCUGUGUUUGGAGCAUUCCAUUCUGCAGAAGGGGGGUGUUCGGGAAAGUGUUGUCCAGGGACCGACCUUACCUGUACUUCACUGGACUGGAGCAGUGACCGUGUUUAUGGGACGUGUUACUGUGAUGAAAACUGUGUGAGGGCUAAAGACUGCUGCUUUGAUUACCCAACACAAUGCUCAGCCCAGCCGUGUGUGGUGAGUGAAUGGACGCACUGGAGCGGUUGUGCGCAGCCCUGCCAGCCUUCGUACCGCGUUCGGAGACGCAGCAUUGAGAUAAAUCCCCGAAAUAGUGGGCAGGCCUGUCCAGCUCUGGAGGAGAGAGCAGGCUGUAUGGAGUACCAGAACCAUCAGGGACAGAGCUGUGGUCAUGCACAAGGACCAGCUCUGAUAACAACAGCAGAGUACAGCAACAGCAGAAUAAUGCAGAGUUUAUACGGGACCCCACAGCAUUCUGGGUUCUGCAUGGAGUUUAGGGUGGAGUCGCUGAGCAGACACUGUAUGGUUGAGAAUAAACCCCACACGCGCUGGAUGCAGUAUCUGAGAGAAGGGUUUGUGGUUUGUGUUUUGUGCCAGCCGCCUGCCAUCAGCAACCACAGCCGCACCUGCCAAGGAGAUGGAUACUAUGCAGAAAGGGAUGACAUUCUGCACUGGCAGGCUGUGGGAAGUCCUCACUGCAGAGGAACGUGGAGGAAAGUUCAGAAACUGCAGCACUGCUCCUGUCCUCCAGUCCACAGCUUCAUCUUCAUCUGAAUGCAAACUAACUUGCACAUAAAAGGUUACAUUUAUAUUGGAAAAUUAAUUGUUACUGUUAUGGUUUAUGUAUAAAACUUAAUUGAUCACGAACAGACUGAAAAUACAAUAUAAUUUAGAAAACACUGGAAAUCCAUGUUGCCUACCUCCAGACUAAACUACAUGAACUUGAGAGGUAAUUACACCUUUCUAACUGUUCACAGUGGUGGAGAUAGGAACCAGUCCACCUCUAAAAGCUCCCUUUAGUUAUUACAUUAAAUAGUUAUGAAUAUGCUGUCUGAUGUCUAAGACAGUGUU